UAAGAUAGUAGAAAGCUAAGAUUUUACAGUGUCAAUCUUUUUUAAUUUCUACUUAAUAUAUAAUUGAAAGUAAUGAGGCUCACAACUAUUCUAUUUCGAAAGUUAGGUGAAUGGUCGAAAAAAUAUGCGAAUUUACCAGACCGCUACAUAGACCGUGUCUCAGAACGCGUAUUGUGGAAACCUCCACCUGGCAAACCACAAUUUCUUAAACGUAAAAUAGUAGCAAAUAAGAAGUUGUACUAUUCUAUCCAUCGACCAUGGACAACAUAUUUUCAGUAUGAGAAUUGGGUUGUGAAACGUAGAGAUUACCCACCAGUUGAACCCAUAAAAGAUUGGAGUUUCUUUCGUGGUGAUCGUGUGGAACUCUUAGCUGGUCCUGAUAAGGGAAAACAAGGAAUAGUACAAGAUAUUAUACAGGAGAGAAAUUGGGUUAUUGUCCAUGGAUUAAAUACAAAAGUAAUAAUACAGGGGAAAAAAAAAGGUUUUCCUGGAGUUUGUUUGCGUAUGGAACAACCACUAUUAGUUACGACGCAAGUGCAAUUAGUAGAUCCUUCAGAUUUGAAAGGGACUGCAAUAGAAUGGAGAUAUACAGAGGAUGGCGAAUAUGUAAGAGUGUCUCUUAGAACUGGCAGAAUUAUUCCCAUACCUGUAUCAAGUCAAGAAACGGUAGAUUACAAAACUCCGGAUGUGUAUGUCGAAGAACCUAAAGAUACUACUGAAGAUGACGUAAAGGAAUUAACAUUCGAAGCAGAAUUGAAGACAUUUGAAAUGGAUAUUAUGGAUAAAAUGGGAAUUGUAGAGGAUCGUGUACCAAAGAAAUAUUAUUGGUAUUAAUUUUUCUAGAUAUAUGUAAAGUAUCAUUUUUUUUUUUAUUGUAUAUAUAAAAGUGAGCUUUAAGACGUUUUUAAAUUUUUAUUUCGUUACUGUAAACUUGAUUGAAAGUAAAGCUAUAAUACAAUACAGUUUGAAAAA